AUGGCAAGCGAGACAACGAAGGGGGAAGUCAUCCUUCCAGUCACCGUGUCUGAUAUAGUUCAAGACACCAAGUUUCAUAUCAUCGAAGGUGACAUGGGGUACAACGCCUUACUUGGAAGACCGUGGAUACAUAAUAUGAGGGAGGUACCAUCAACUCUUCACCAGAUGAUGAAAUUCCCAACAAAAGAUGGUAUAAAAAUGGUGUACGGAAAACAACGUGCAACAAAGGAUUUGUUCGCGGUAAACGAUGUGGCACCCAUCAAUUCCCCCCGUCCAAGACGAGUCAGGAAACAGGCUGACUCCCGAGGAACAUGUGGUUUACGAGUAUUCGAAUGA